AUCGAAGAGUAGAGAAGAAGGCUCGGAAAGUUCCAAGGACUGGAAGAGACAAGAUGUCUCAACACUUACCACUUCUCGGAGAGAAGCAGCAACGUCCAAGGAAUACUUACCUCGCCAACUCUCACAGAACGUUCCACACCGAGUGCGCAGAGGAGCUGUCUCGCGAGAGAACAGCAGGGACGGUAUCAACGGUUCUAAGAACCGGCAGCAGGACGGACAGAAAGCUGCUAUUAGGCAGCACGGCGGACGGCACGACAGACGGCACGACAACACAGAGUAUGAGGCUUGACAGAGAAGAAGAAGAAGAAGAAGAAGAGGGAAAAGGGACAGUCGGGCCAACGACAGAGGAAUUCUUUCAGUACCCCUCUUCGUUUCAUUCAGAUGGGAAGGAGCCAUGUUGCUGUUCCGCUAUGAGAAAGAGGGUGGUCAUGAUGGGUAGCAUCGCUCCUUCCUUCCCAGAUCUUGCCGUGCUGUGGUGCACGGUCUCAGCCCACCACAAUGCCACACCAAGAGGCCUGGGCAUUGCACUGGUAAGAAAAAGGACUGGAAAAAAAAAGACACAUGAAUUGCACAAACAAUGUCGGAUCAAUUGGUACGCGGAGAAGUUGUUCAUGGAUUGUUGUCGGUUCCUGAAGUGGCUGACAUUGACCAUGUAUGGCGUCGCCCACGGACGGUCUUGCAGAGUCGCGAACCGGGAACGACACACAAUGUCUCGACGUUUAAGUCGAGCUUGACAUGCUUUCAGGGACGCCUCAGCAAUUGAAAAUCUUCCAGAAGGCCUAGCCCUCGCUUCUGUUCUGGUUCAUAGACAGGGACAUGGCUUCCGCAGCUGUCAGCUGACGUUUGUCUUUGCCUCCGACCAAUUUGCAAGUCCCGACUCUCAAAGUGCCACCCGUGACGCCCGAAACAGGUGCUAGGAGCUCCGCCCAUUGGACUCCCGAGAACAGACAGAUCCUCUAAGUAGAACGUCAAAUGGGUGCUGCGGUGAGCCCUCGAAGCCAGCGUGUACCCUCCAUGUCUUCAAGACGGAUGCAUUGCCAGGGGAUGAAU